GUAUUUUGCUUUCAGACUAUGUACAUACUACAAAGUCUUCAAGUGGACUAAAAAUAGAAACGGAAAAAGCUUUCACACUUUGGAUUCUUUAAUCAUUUUGGUUCUGUUUCUUCUUCUUAUUCUUUUGAGUCUUAUUUUAUCCUCCCAUAUUUGCUGUCAAGCCUUUAAGAAAGUGUAUAUAUUAUUUUACUCGCUCAUCUCCAUGGUUUAAGAAUCUUGUUUUGAAUCUAUAUGAAACUCGUUGACUCUACAAAAUCCUCAUGUGCUAAGUUCCAAGGUUAUGUUCUUUUGAGCUCUCUGUAACUAUAUUUUGAAAAAUGGGGGAUACAUAUGAGAACCAACCUCCUGAGAAGCUUCAGGGGAAGUAUCCAGCUAUGGUUGUUUGCUGUAUUCUCGGAAUUGGAUCCCUCGUCGCUUGGAACAGUAUGCUAACUAUAGCAGAUUACUAUUACCAAGUCUUCCCGGAUUAUCAUCCUUCAAGAGUACUCACACUUGUUUACCAACCAUUUGCGCUUGGAACAAUCGUGAUUCUCACAUACCACGAAUCAAAAAUGAAUACUCGAAAACGUAACCUGAUCGGUUACACUCUAUUCACAAUAUCCACAUUCUUGCUCAUAGUCUUGGAUUUGGCAACAAAAGGACGUGGUGGAGUCGGACCAUAUAUCGGUUUAUGCACAGUCGUUGCUUCUUUUGGCCUCGCGGAUGCUACCGUUCAAGGAGGAAUGAUCGGUGAUUUAUCACUUAUGUGCCCUGAACUAGUUCAGUCAUUCAUGGCGGGUUUGGCUGUAGCGGGUGCGCUAACAUCAGCGCUAAGGCUAACAACUAAAGCAGCUUUCGAGAAAUCAAACGGCGGUCAACGAAAAGGAGCGAUGAUAUUCUUAGCGAUCUCAACAUUCAUAGAGUUUCUCUGCGUGUUGUUAUACGCUUAUGUGUUCCCGAAACUCCCCAUUGUUAAGUAUUACCGGAGAAAAGCCGCUUCUGAAGGUUCCAAAACUGUUUCAGCUGAUCUUGCUGCUGCUGGUAUCCAAAAUACAUCAGAUUUGCUUCUUGAUUCUAUGCAGACUGAUGAUGAUUCCAAGAAUCAAAGACUAACCAACAAAGAGUUGUUGCUUCAAAACAUAGAUUAUGCAGUGAAUCUGUUUCUCAUCUACGUAUGUACGUUAUCUAUUUUUCCCGGGUUCUUAUAUGAGAACACGGGGAAACAUGGGCUAGGAGAUUGGUACGCGCUUGUCCUGGUAGCAAUGUACAAUUGUUGGGAUCUGGUUGGGAGGUACACGCCGCUGUUGAAAUGGCUCAAGAUUGAGAACAGGAAAUUGAUCACAAUUGCGGUUUUAUCGCGUUACUUACUCAUUCCGGCGUUCUACUUCACUGCCAAAUAUGGUGAUCAAGGAUAUAUGAUUAUGCUCAUUUCUGUUUUGGGAUUGACUAAUGGACAUCUCACUGUUUGCAUUAUGACUAUAGCUCCUAAAGGCUACAAGGGUCCGGAGCAGAAUGCGUUAGGAAACUUGUUGGUGAUCUUUCUGUUAGGAGGGAUAUUUGCAGGAGUUGCUUUGGAUUGGUUGUGGCUUAUUGGUAAGAAGGAUGCCUUUUGAGUUCUAAUCACUCCAAAACCAUUGAUUCACUUUUACUUAAUCUGCUUUGUCUUUAUUAUUCUUUGCAUUGUAACCUUUUAAGUGUUCUUAUCCACAAAAACAGAGGAUAUGUAAUUACAUUUGCUAUAGACCGACCAUAAAGCGUUGAAAGAGUGUUUAUUUCCUAUUA